CACCGUUGUGUCAAAACACAACCCCUGAUUCGAGCCUGCGUGAGUUUUGAUCGCCGUUAUUCCAGCCUCAUAUAACUAUCCUUGCUACUUCUACGGCAGCUACAGAGUACACUUCCCGAGACUUUGAAAAUGGAUCCAAAACUGACGGACGACGAAAAGUCUCGCGUGAAGGACCUGAGAGCUGCAGUGCGGAGGGCCCGCCAAGGGAGCAGCGAGGAGGUCUAUGGGUCAGAGGACUACUGGAAGUAUAGCAAGGAAGAGCUUGACGGUGAAGACCAGAUAAGUGAUUUGAGAUUCCGUGCGCUGCAGAGAAACAGUGAUCUAUCGGAUCCGAGUUUUGAACAGGCUGCGCAAGAAUACAAGUCGCAACAAGACCAACGGAGUGCCAAACGACUUUCUAUACUGGAGAAGAAGAAGCUUUUCGAUAAGAGGAAUAAGAUUCUCCAGCAGUCAUCGUCGACUACCACUAAUCUCACAUCUAUGCGUGCUGCUUAUGUGGAUCUGCUUUUGACGAUCCAGAGCAAAACAAGCCAUCAGAAGCAAAGCGACUUUUCAAAAGACGUCCUGAGAGCCUAUGGUGGAACUAGGAAAACCAACAACACCACGUACUGUUUUAGUGUCCUGGAUGGCACUCGUCGCGAGAGAGAUGAGUUUGUCGCAGCACACAUCUUUCCGCUCUCAAUUGGACCUAAGGCGAUGGAAUAUAUCUUCGGCAGAGAUGCAAGAUAUGAAAUAAACUCACCAAGAAAUGCUUUGCUUCUCCCGAAGAAGAUCGAAAAACACUUCGAUGCCCACCAGAUCGUCGUUGUUCCGGCUAAAUCAGACAACCCGGACGUCCGAGAAUGGCAAUUUCUAAUUGUCGAUAAGUCGGGGCUCUGGAACGAGUACGUGUUUCCAGGUGGGGAAAUGAAAUUCUCUGACCUACAUGAACGAAAAUUGAUCUUUCCCAAUGACUUUCGUCCACGAGCGCGAUACUUAUACUUCCAUUACCUUACCUCGAUGAUUAUACACUUCAGAGCGGCGCAGAAGACUGGUAUAGUUCGCAGUGAGCUUCCAGACACUGAGUGGCCAGAGCUCACGAGAGCAUGGGCUACGCACGGGGAAUAUCUAAGGGACAACAUGAUUUACGGCUUUAUGGAGGAGUUGGGACACGAAUUGCCGGAAGAUCUCAAGCAAAAUGCGUUAACACACUGUGCACCCAUUCGUUCGAACAGUGAAGCAGAGGAGCUUGAAGAAGUCGUCGAUUCGUUAGGGAUGAUUCGAAUAGGCAGUGACGAUGACGAUGACGAUGACGAUGACGGUGAAGAUGGGAAUUUUGAUGAAGAUGAUGAGGAAGGGGAGGCGGGUGGUAUGUCGGUAAAUUGAUGUGGAUGUUUGGAAUUUUGCUGUUGUUGAUGAGUUCGUUAACUUGAGGUCGAGUGGAUGAGGUCAGCAAGCUAGUUAGUUAGUUAGGGCGGUGAAGGCGGGCAGAAAGUUGACAGCUUGCAAGAAGCGAAGAGACAGAAAAGACAGCAAGAAAGGCAUCAACUUCACAUCAACUUCAGGCGACGUCGCUCUUGAUCCAUUAUUAUUACUACACUGGCGGUCGGAGAGAAAUUGAUUAUAGGUAGCUGAUAUACAAUAGCCUAAUACAUACUCCGUACUCGUGCUGUGCUGCCUUGAAUCCCCUUCGCGUUGCGUCGUCGCUUGUGCUCUGCGCACACAUCAUAGCUCAAGAUGGUAGGCCUUUAGACACCCGGUGAUAUCUACGUUUCCCAGCUAACCAGCGUGGCUGUAGAAUUCUCUAUUCAACGCCGCCCUGAAACAGUCAGCGGCUGUCCGUCGCGACCUGGACACUUUUGCGGAAUCUCCCACCAGCGGACCAGCAGCUCUACAAGGUACCACCAUCUUACUACCCGGAGGUACUAGAUCCUGGUGAAGGAGCCAUGGGUUGACUAUAUACAAUGCUAUCACAGGACAGAUAUCUGCAUCCCUCACAUCCUUUUCACGAACAAUAGAUGAUUACUCCUCGCUCUCGAAAAAGGAGCUCAUACCUGCCAAACAAGAGAAAGCGUUCGAGCGAGUAAAGAAUUUCAGAACCGAGCUGGCAGACUAUAGGCUGCAGUUUGACAGAUUACGCAAAGAGAGGGAAGAAGCUCAAGUUACUGCAAACAGAAAUGAACUACUAGGCCGCAGGCCUCACAAUGCAGCGACACCCGAGAAUCCUUAUGCCCAAUCGAACCUAUCUGCGCAACAUUCAGCGUUCGCGAGUCCCCACCGACAACAGGCCCAUGCAAGCGGCGGGCUUAGCUUCGGCGCUUCACCUUCAGACUAUAACCGAGAGACACAUGCCCUGCGAGAACAGUCAUUCCUAGCCAACACAAAUAGCCAAAUAGAUGAGUUUCUUGAUAGGGGCAGAGCUGUCCUGGCUGAUCUUGGCCAGCAGCGCGAAAUGCUAAAAGGCACCCAACGGAGGCUAUACAGUGUCGCUAAUACGUUGGGAGUAAGCGGAGAUACAAUACGGAUGAUCGAGAGAAGAGCCAAGCAGGACAAAUGGAUAUUUUGGGCAGGGCUUGUGAUAUUUAUCCUGUUCUGCUGGGCAGUUCUUCAUUUCCUGCGCUGAUACGGGGGUUGCUGACGACCUCGGUAUUUUCAAUCAAUCGGCGCCAUCGAGCUGCUGUACAGGAGGGAAGUAAUUGGUUAACAAUAAUGGCUCUUUCUUGAUGGUUGUCUCGAUAUUCUUCACCACGGCCCUCCUACCUUGGCUUCAACCAGCUAAGCCCCAAAGCUGGUACCUGCUACCGGAAGCCAAAAGUAUCUCCCAAUGGCGUUUGCGAAGGGAUACAACACCUCUACCGUGCCUCGCUAUUCCAGCAGACAUCGGAUAACGUCCUCGAGGCCGACAGCAAACGAGGCUUGAAACAUUUAAUUGGUGAUGGCUGAAUCUGAAUGCCAGUCAAAUAACUUGACAAAGAUGUACGACCAAGCCUAUCUGCAUAGUUACGAGAAGGCUAUUGUAUACAACAAUGGAGACGUUACUGCUACUUGUAUCAACAUGAGAUAUUGUUUAAACGCCGCAUCAUCUCUCCCUCAAGAGAAGCGUGUAGUUAUCUAUGAUAGCUCGUACGAGGUAUAUUCAAGGAUGACCUCAUGUUGUGGGACAAAAGCGGUCAAAUCCUUCCCGCUCAUCAGGAUGUCUCCAUCGGACUAACUACCCAUGUCACAGCACUCUAUCAAGCCAAACUUCAAAGACGAAUGGGCUGCCCUGUGUGGCCGUUAUCAGGCCAAUCAUUGAUGGAGCGGCUUUGCUGCCGGGCGUCUGUCCCGUUCAAAGGACGCUUAAGUCUUCGUAUCAACUGGGGC